AUGCAAGCUUCUGUUUCGCCAUCCCCCACCAUCCUGGUGCCCCACCUCCCACCGAAGACCCUCGUCGGCAUCGACCUCAUCACCUUCACCUCGACGCCGAAUUUCCACGGAAUCCGCGAUCUCCCAGCCGGCUGGCAUUUCCUAUACACAGGAACAACAGAGAGUCUAUCCCUCCGAAGCGGAGCCUGGUUCUACGUAGGCGACAUCAACGCCGCCGGCACGACCGUCAACGAAAAGAACGCGAUCACCGCCCGCCGCAAUGACACCGGAUCCGAAAUCUAUAUUUGGAAAUGGAGCACCGACAACGAGACCCUCGUGCCGUUGCUGAGCAACAGCGAUGCAGAUAAGCGGGAGGCAAUGCGGUACAAAGCGAACCUAGCUGCUGUUUGGCAGCGCGGGAGUCUCUUUCGCUAUCGCAGUCGGGUCCCGCCUUCUUCUAUUUCGCAGCAGCAUUACAAGUCGGGGGUUCAGGCAUCGGUGCCGGAUGAGGUGGAUGAGGAGAAUGAGGAGGAGGGGAGGAGGGAUUGGCAGGGUCUGACGGAUCGGAUUUCGCCGAAGCUUCUGUCGCGGAUCAUCGGGGCUCAUGAGGUGGAUGUGGAUGAGCGGCCGAGAUGGACGGUCACGUCUGCCAGUACGGCGAGGAGAGACGACGAUGAUAUUCCCGGCAUUGAGAAGUUGCCGGAGGAGUCGGGAAAUUCGGCGGAAGGAGGUGAAGGCGUGGCCGUGGAGCAGGAGAGCGAGCUUUCGUUCUUGCCUAUUGAUCUGAAGAGAACGUGGAGAGAGGGGGCUAUUGGGCGGGAACGAACCGAAGCGGCUCAGGACCGAUCCUGGGCGCUAGGGGAUCUCAUACACCAGGCGGCUGGUACCACCGGGGGUAAGACGGAGGUUGAUGAAAGGCUCGGACAAGAGCAGGUGCUGGGCGAGUUGCAAUUCACCUUCCUCAUGAUCCUGACCUUGAUGAAUUACUCCUGUCUGCAGCAGUGGAAAAGAUUGCUCGGUUUGAUUCUGACGUGCCGGAGUGCAAUCAAGGAUCAUGAACGUUUCAUGAGCGACGUGCUGAGAUUGCUUUUACUACAGCUUAAAAGAUGCGACGAUGUCGAGGGAGGACUAUUUGAUCUUGACGGGGAGGAAGGCGGAGACUUCUUGCGGAAAUUACUGGUCAAAUUCCGAAAGUCGCUGUAUGAUGUGGUGGAUGGCGGUCCCUCUCCAGUGAAAGACGAAUUCGAACGACUAGAGCAGUGGGUUAAAGAGGAAUACGACUGGGAGCUGGAUCGUGGGGUGGUUGUUCGACACGGUAUGCUUCAAUUGGAGGAUGGCGAAGAGGUUGAGAUGGAUACGAACGAGGGCGACGAGGAUCAAGAAAUGGGGGAAUAUGCACCGGUCAUUGUAGACCUUGGAGAUGGUGAUACUGAGGCCAGCAAGUAUUAG